AUGGGUAAUUUAAACAGAGUUGACUCAGAUGUGGAUAAGUUUGAAAUCAUUGAAUUGAAUGAAACGGAAAAACUUUUAACUCACCCAGGAUAUGACAACAAUAAGCCAACUGUUGUGUAUGUUUAUGGAUUCAAUGAGAAAUUCAAAUCAAAAAGUACACAAACUCUCGUCGAAUCUUAUAUCGAAAGAGGUGAUCACAACAUUCUCGUUGUUGAAUGGGCAAAGUACAACAGGGGAAGUUAUCCUUACUUUGUCAUUCCAAACACUCAGAAAAUCGGCGAAAUUAUAGGAAAAGUUCUGCUGCGAAUGAAUAAAUCAGGAUUUAAGUUGGAAAACUUUCAUCUUGUCGGUCAUUCUGCUGGUGGUCAACUUGUCGGUGCUACUGGAAGAAAUUACAAAAUUUUCUCGAAUGAUGAAUUUGAAAUUACAAGAAUAACUGCACUUGACCCUGCUUCUCCUGAUUUCAAUGAUCCUGAUGUUGAAGUGGUUCUGAUAAGCAAGAAUGAUGGAAAGUUUGUUGAUAUCAUUCAUACUGACAGCAGUCUGUUUGGUGACGACGAUUCAGUUGGCACUGUUGACUUCUUUCCAAAUGGUGGAAGAGAUCAACCUGGUUGUGUAGGAUUGCCUGAAGAUUUCUGUUCACAUCAAAGAUCUUGGCAAUUUUACUCAGAAUCUGUUCGAUCAAAAAAUGUCGAAAUUUUUAAUUCUGUUUCAUGUCUUUCGUGGGAAAAUUUUAAGAAAAACGAAUGUGAAAUCAUUCAAAAAGAUGUUUUCAUGGGAAUUGACGCUGAUCCUCAACUUGCUGGUAAUUUCUUCUUGCAAACAAAUGAUCAAGCACCAUUCAAUCGUGGUGAGAAUGGAACGAGCUAUCAAAUAUCCUACAAAGAACCAAACGAAAGAAAUCCCAACGCAUUUACAAACUUUUUUGAAUUGAUGAAAUUUCCAUAA